AUGCGACUACAGAUUCUACUUCACCCUCAAUUACGCACGACUUUACCAGAAUGUGCCCAACGCAGUCUCCGGAGGAGUGUCUGGGUCCGGUUUAAGUCGCAGAUCCCCCGGCCGUCGCAGAAGCACCUUUCACCAUUACCCAAAUCGAAAGAGACCAUUCCAGCUACGCGUUCUCCAGUCGCAAGAACCCUCACACCCCCUAAGACGACCAUCAGGACAGGUCCACCUGAACGAAUCCUGGUCUACUAUGGAGGAACGGGAAGAGCUAUCUUUCUGGGCACACUGCGAAUAACCACCGUGCUACUCUUUGGUGCAGCAUGUCUAAUUGUUGCACCGGCAUGCUCCGUGGCUGAUUACCCCUGGUACAGCACACCUACGGUUAUUGCUGCUGGCGCUCUCCCGAUGCUAUUUGUCUCAUAUACUGCGGCACCAUAUGUGAACUUUAUUCAUUUGGCCCUGCCUGCUUUUGCUAGAAAGUCUCGGGAAGCUGCCGUCCAAUAUGCCAAAGACUUGCCUCCGACAGCUGUGCUGUAUCUCACCAACAUGCGAUUCAAUACUAUUCCCCGGCAAACGGCCGUUCGUAUUGGGGAUCUAGUUCCGUUCAAAGACUCCUUGCGGCCUGUCACAUUCAAGAAUCUGAAUCCAUCGCCGCAACGAUGGUGGCAGGGCAGAGCUCCAACCGAAUUCUAUACUGGAACUCACAGCAAACCCGGGAGACAGACAUCGGCUUUCUAUCCGGAACUGUGGAAUGGAAUUUACGAGCAAAUUCAAAAGGCCAAGUCGUAG